AUGCUUCAUAGGGACACUUUGCCCUCCAUAAGUCACCUUGACCUGGAGAAUAUCAGAUCUGAGAAGAACGACCUGUCCAGAUUCUCAAUUGGGAAUGGGCUGAGCAUAUCUACGGGCUCUCUAGCUAGCCCAACGGCGUCGAUGUACUCGGGCCCCCCUCCGCCCUACUCAUGCGCGCCAUCUACUGCGGGAUCUGCCUCAGGCUUAACGGGCUAUAUCUCUCCGCCUGAGUCUACCACUAGACGCUCGACGCGCGACGAGAAGGAGUCCCCUGACUUUCGCAAAUCACUACCCUCCAUCCACGAAGCACUAGCAGACAAGCCGAUGGCCUUUCCAACGACUUUGCCGGGUUCUUCCCAGCAUCAGUCUUUGCCCACGCCUUCGACAGCCAUGGCACCAUCAUUUUCGGAAGGGCCUAAAGGACCGGUGAACCCGUUCUCGCAAUCCGCAGGCACACCCGUGUUGCGUGACGUAUUUUCUGGACCACCAAAGCCUGUAUCAAACCCGGCCGAGACGCAGACCUCGAAGCCGACUUUUCCUCCAGUGUCUGCACCUGAUCCUCGCCAACCAGUGUCGCAGCACUUCGGCUACCCCGGCUCCCCACGCAAUCAACCAUCAUCCGCCUUCCGCUCGUCAUCGUUGAGCAAUACUUCAUUCACAACUCACCAUGAGAUUUCCCAGGCUAAGUCUCCUCGGACCUACGAACCUCCCAGGCAACAGAUGCCGUACCCAGCAUUUAAUAAUCCAGCCCCGACAAGCUACCCGCCCACCAGUGAGCCUUACCAGUUUUCAGCAGGCCCGAAACCUGAAGAACACCGAGCUUUUCCUAAGCCUGGGAAUGAACCUCUGUAUAGUGACACUGUCAAGAGGCAUCUGGAGGUAUUUGAUGCCGAGAUGGGACUUAAUGAAAUUAACGAGGCUUCUGCUCGUAUCCUGGACUUUUCCGGCAUUUGGACCCAGCGUUAUCUCCAGGGAACUCGCUCCGGCCAUUUUCACGAAUCCCUCCCUGGGCUGCACGAAGUCGACGACAUACUCCGUCAGUCUCACCGCAUUUGGGAGAACCUGAGCUACAUGCGAGAAGUAGUGAUCGCCCAGCAAAACGCCUUGUCGGAACAGCGAGCUCGACUUGCUCGAAGUAAUCAGGUGGAGGAGGAAUAUGCUGAGGAAUACAAAGGCGGGGGCUACGUGGGUGGUGACGCGAAGAAACGCCGCGGGAAAGCAGCACCACCUGGUCGAUGUCACAGUUGUAACCGCGCCGAGACACCUGAAUGGCGCAGAGGUCCCGACGGAGCACGCACGCUUUGCAACGCGUGCGGCCUGCAUUAUGCGAAAUUGACUCGCAAAAUGGGCGUCAACAAGGCCGCAGCUCUGACCGGAUCGAAUCUGCGGCCCAAGCAUCUGGACGCGACGAGGCCCUAA